AUGUCCGAGUUAGAUAUAAACUCUGAGGACCUAUUUUUUACCCAGGAUAAUUUAUAUGAAAUUGAUUUACUGGAAAAGUCAUUGUUGAAUAAAGUAGACACGUUAUGUGACAACGUAUACGAUUUAGAGGAAGAUUUGUGUACGGAGAGUGGGGAUGAGAAUAUCCCUCCCCCAAAAAAUCGAAGGCGUCUUUGUAUAAGAAGCGAUUCGGAAAGUGAAUGUGAUUCGGUGGAAAAUUUUGUCACUCAAAAUGUGGCUCUUAUGUCGUCAAGUAGGCCACAAAAAUGGAGAGAACCAAGAGGACUCCAACCAUCAGUGAUUGCAUUUACGGAGCCAACAGGUAUCAAGAAACCGUAUGAUAUUGAACUACGAAAUGCAGACCCAGGAGCCUAUUUUUCAUUAUUAGUCUCAGACGAAAUUUUUGAGGAAAUAGCUGUGCAAACCAACUUGUAUGCUGAGCGACGCGAAAGCUCAAAGCCGUCAUCGCGUUUGAAUAGUUGGAAGUCAACAAACAAAAAUGAAGUCAAGGCUCUUUUUGGACUUAUUAUGUACAUGGGACUAAUCAAACUCCCAAAAAUAACUUUAUAUUGGAGCACAGACAGAGUUUUCAAACAAACUUUUGCACCUUCGAUCAUAAGUCGUAAUAGAUUCGAACUGUUGUUGCAGAAUCUGCAUUUCGUUGACAACGAAACUGCAGAUACCACCGAUAGAAUCUAUAAAAUACGCAGUCUGAUAGAUACGUUAAAUAACUCAUUUCGACGGUACUAUUCGCCUAAAGAAGAAGUUUGUGUCGACGAAAGUCAAGUGCCUUACCCCGGGCGAUUGAUCUUUAGACAAUAUAAUAAGAGCAAACGGCACAAAUAUGGUAUGAAGCUGUUCAAACUGUGCACAAUACCAGGUUAUACUUGUAAAUUAGAACUUUACGCUGGUAAAAACCACGAACAGCUGAAUACAACGCCUAAAAACGUUGUAAUGUCACUGUGUAAAGAAAUACUUGAUUUGGGGCACACCGUAGCUACGGAUAAUUGGUAUACGAGUUUGGAUUUAGCCAAUGAACUUCUAGAUAGGUAUACUCAUUUAGUAGGCACGCUGAGAAAAAAUAGAAAGGGCCUGCCCAAACAAGUUAUUAAUGCAAAACUCAAACCAGGCCAAUCUGUAGCAAUGGAAAACGAACGCGGUAUAACAGUGUUGCACUGGAAGGAUAAACGAAGUGUAUUCAUGCUCUCCACUAAACACUCUAAAGGAUUUGCUAGUGUGCAUAAAAAAGGAAAAGUGAUUCGAAAACCGAAGAUGGUUAUAGCAUAUAAUAAAGCAAAAGGAUCUGUAGACAUGAGCGAUCAGAUGAGCGCGUAUUCAUCACCAUUAAGAAAAACCAUAAAAUGGUAUAAGAAUUUAGGCAUCGAAUUAAUUUUAAAUACGGCUGUAGUAAAUGCCUGGAUCAUGUUUUGCGAAAAUACAACUCAACAAGGAAUUGUAGAAUUCCGACGUCAAUUAGUAGAAUAUCUAGUAGACUCUGGUAAAAAUGAAUCUAUUUCUAAGAGACCUAAAAGACUGAAACAUACAUUAAAAGCAAAGGAAGGCAAAGUAAGGCAAUCCAGGCGCUUCUGUGUAGAAUGCUACAAAACCAGUGUCACGACGUUUGGAUCAAGACUUGCUAAAAACAAGGCAAAAAAAGUGGCAACCUAUUGUCCUGAAUGUCCUGGACUACCCCACUAUUGUCUUCAAUGUUUUAAUAAGUGCCAUCGGUAUUUGUAA